GUUUUGCAUACUUUUCGUGGUCGAAUUCAACUGCGGUCACGCAGCGCACGUUGUUAUUAUUUUAUUUACAAUAAAGUUUCGUAAAUGGUGGAACUAAAGAAGCACGACGUUAAUGCGGAAGGCAAUGGCAAUGGCUGGGAGCCUGGAGAUACCAAAGAGUGGGCCAAGCCUAUUAAGCCGCUACAGGAAAAAUGGAAAUUGGUACCGGCUUUUCUGCAAGUUAAAGGCUUGGUAAAGCAGCACAUUGAUUCCUUCAAUCACUUCAUCAAUGUGGACAUUAAGAAGAUUGUGCGCGCCAAUGAAAUAGUGACGAGCGGCGCUGAUCCUCUUUUCUAUCUCAAGUAUCUGGAUGUGCGCGUAGGCAAGCCAGACAUCGACGAUGGCUUCAAUAUAACCAAAGCGACAACGCCACACGAAUGUCGUCUGAGAGACACAACAUACUCGGCGCCCAUCACAGUGGACAUUGAAUACACCCGCGGCACACAGCGCAUCAAACGCAACAACUUGCUCAUUGGGCGCAUGCCACUCAUGCUCAGGUGUUCCAACUGUGUGCUCAGCGGCAAAUCAGAGUUCGAGUUGUCCAAGCUCAAUGAGUGUCCAUUGGAUCCGGGUGGUUAUUUUGUGGUGCGUGGCCAGGAAAAGGUAAUACUUAUACAGGAGCAGCUGUCGUGGAAUAAAAUGCUCACCGAGGACUUCAAUGGUGUCGUGCAGUGCCAGGUGACGUCGUCGACUCACGAGAAAAAAUCGCGCACCUUGGUGUUGAGCAAGCAUGGGAAAUACUAUUUGAAGCAUAACUCGAUGACGGAUGACAUACCAAUUGUGGUAAUCUUUAAGGCCUUGGGUGUGGUAUCAGAUCAGGAGAUCAUGGCACACAUUGGACUGGAUGCGCGAUCACAGAAUCGCUUCGGUGCCUCGCUGCUUGAAGCUUUCAAUUUGAAGGUGUUUACUCAGCAACGUGCCCUCGAUUACAUGGGUUCCAAAUUGGUGGUGAAGCGCUUUCAGAGUGCCACUACGAAAACACCUUCGGAGGAGGCACGAGAGCUGCUGCUGACAACAAUAUUGGCCCAUGUGCCCGUCGACAACUUCAAUUUCCAAAUGAAAGCAAUCUACGUGUCUUUGAUGGUGCGUCGCGUCAUGGCUGCCGAGUUGGACAAGACUCUGUUCGAUGAUCGUGACUACUAUGGCAACAAGCGGCUGGAGCUGGCUGGUUCACUGAUUUCUUUGAUGUUUGAGGAUCUGUUUAAGCGCAUGAACUGGGAACUCAAGAUGAUUGCGGACAAGAAUAUACCUAAAGUGAAAGCGGCACAGUUUGAUGUCGUGAAGCAUAUGAGAGCCGCUCAGAUCACUGUGGGCCUCGAGUCUGCCAUCAGCUCGGGCAACUGGACCAUUAAACGUUUCAAAAUGGAGCGCGCUGGUGUCACACAGGUGCUGUCACGUCUUAGCUAUAUCUCGGCGCUGGGCAUGAUGACGCGUGUAAACUCGCAGUUCGAGAAGACGCGCAAAGUGUCGGGACCACGUUCACUACAGCCGAGUCAAUGGGGCAUGCUGUGUCCCUCAGAUACACCCGAGGGAGAAGCUUGUGGAUUGGUCAAGAAUCUGGCGUUAAUGACACACAUAACUACCGAAGUGGACGAGCAUCCAGUGAUGAUAUUGGCCUACAAUGCGGGAGUGGAGGACAUACGUGAGGUUAGCGGCAAUCCCAUCAAUAAUCCAAACGUAUUUCUUGUCUUUAUCAAUGGCAACGUUCUCGGUUUGACUAUAAAUCAACGGCAUCUGGUGCGCAACUUGCGCUUCAUGCGACGCAAAGGUCGCAUGGGAAGCUAUGUCUCCAUACACACAUCCUACACCCAGCGAUGCAUCUUUAUACACACCGAUGGCGGGCGCUUGUGUCGUCCGUAUAUUAUUGUGGAGAACUCACGGCCUCGGGUGCUGCAGCGACAUUUGGACGAACUACAGCGUGGCAUACGUAAGUUUGAUGAUUUUCUCCACGACGGAUUGAUUGAGUAUCUGGAUGUGAACGAAGAGAAUGAUUCGUUUAUUGCCUGGAAUGAGGAGCACAUUGAGUCGCACACAACUCAUCUGGAGAUCGAGCCCUUCACAUUAUUGGGCGUCUGCGCUGGUCUUGUGCCAUAUCCGCAUCACAAUCAGAGUCCUCGAAAUACCUAUCAAUGUGCCAUGGGCAAACAGGCCAUGGGCAUGAUUGGCUACAAUCAGAAGAAUCGCAUUGAUUCGCUGAUGUACAAUUUGGUUUAUCCUCAAGCACCAAUGGUCAAGUCACGCACCAUUGAGCUGACGAACUUUGAUAAAUUGCCGGCUGGCCAGAAUGCGACAGUGGCUGUGAUGAGUUACUCUGGCUACGAUAUUGAGGAUGCUCUCAUUCUCAAUAAAGCCUCUAUUGAUCGGGGGUAUGGACGGUGUCUGGUCUACAAGAAUUCCAAGUGCACCGUGAAGCGUUAUGCGAAUCAAACAUUCGAUCGGAUCAUGGGACCGGUGAAGGAUGCUUUGACCAAUAAGGUGAUCUUCAAGCACGAUGUCCUCGACACCGAUGGCAUUGUUGCGCCUGGCGAACAGGUACAAAACAAACAGAUUAUGAUUAACAAGGAAAUGCCUGCAGUUACAUCCAUCAACCCACUCGAAGGUCAAGCUCAGGUACCCUAUACUGCGGUGCCCAUCAGCUACAAGGGACCGGAGCCCAGUUACAUUGAACGUGUCAUGGUCUCAGCUAAUGCAGAGGAAGACUUUCUCAUCAAAAUCCUGUUGCGACAGACGCGUAUUCCAGAGAUUGGCGACAAGUUCAGCUCACGGCACGGACAGAAGGGCGUCACGGGUCUCAUAGUGGAACAGGAGGAUAUGCCCUUCAAUGACUUUGGGAUAUGUCCGGACAUGAUCAUGAACCCUCAUGGUUUCCCCUCCCGCAUGACGGUGGGCAAAGUGUUGGAGCUGCUGGGCGGAAAAGCAGGCGUUUUAGAGGGCAAAUUCCACUAUGGCACUGCCUUUGGAGGCUCCAAGGCUGUGGAUGUGCAGGCGGAGUUGGUGCGACAUGGCUUCAAUUACAUGGGCAAGGAUAUUUUCUACUCAGGCAUUACGGGCGCUCCCUUGGAGGCGUACAUUUACUCCGGCCCCGUAUAUUAUCAGAAGCUCAAGCACAUGGUGCAGGAUAAGAUGCAUGCGCGAGCGCGCGGCCCAAAGGCGGUGCUCACACGUCAACCAACCCAAGGUCGGAGUCGUGAGGGCGGCUUGCGUCUGGGAGAGAUGGAGCGCGAUUGUCUGAUCUCCUAUGGAGCGAGCAUGCUGAUAAUGGAACGUCUGAUGAUAUCCUCGGAUGCUUUUGAGGUGGAUGUGUGCCGCACAUGCGGACGCUUAGCCUACUGUUCGUGGUGUCACUUCUGUCAGUCGUCAGCGCAUGUAUCCAAGAUAUCCAUGCCGUAUGCCUGUAAAUUGCUCUUCCAGGAAUUGACCAGCAUGAAUGUUGUGCCAAAACUCAUUCUGGAGAACUAUUAGCACAUAUGUAGAAUCUACUGGGAUUAUGUGACUGGCUCAACAUUGGGUGAAUAAAGCGUGUGUUUGUGUUUUCAA